AUUUAGGAGGUGGUUAUAAAUAAAUGUAGCAUUUAGAAGUUAAAUUAAUUUUACUAAUAUGUGGUUGAUUAAUAGGAUUCCUUUUCAAUUUUGUUGUUCAGGUGUUAGGUGGAAUAGACAAGGGUUUCAAAGCUUCUGCAGCGACAUGUUUCCGGAGGACAAAGUGAGGGAAGAAAAAAAUGUGGAUACUACUAAAGCUUUGAAUACUGGUGAUUGUGAAGCCGAAAAGAAUCAUGUUGAGGUCUCUGAUAAUGCUGUUCUACGAAGGCUUCUUCGGGGCCCCAGGUACUUUGAUUCUCCAGAUAAGAGUUGGGGAACAUGCUAUAAUUGCGGUGAAGAGGGUCAUGCUGCAGUUAACUGUACUUCAGCUAGACGUAAGAAGCCAUGUUUUGUUUGUGGGAGUUUCGAACAUAAUGCUAAAAAUUGCGCAAAGGGAAAAGCUUGUUUCAUCUGCAAAAAAGGAGGUCAUCGUGCAAAUGAUUGCCCUGAGAGAAGCCAUGGAGGACCCCAGAGUUCUAAAAUAUGUCUAAAAUGUGGGGAUUCUGGCCAUGAUAUGUUUUCAUGCUGGAACAACUAUUCUGCUGAUGAUCUAAAGGAAAUACAGUGUUACAUCUGUAAGGGUUAUGGCCAUCUUUGCUGUGCAAAAUACCCUGAUAGUGGUCCGAGAGAAUUUUCCUGUUACAGAUGUGGUCUACUAGGCCAUACUGGUUUGGCAUGCACGGCAUCUCGUGGAGAGACUAGCUUUACUGGGUCACUUAAUCCCUGUUAUAGGUGUGGUGAAGAAGGUCAUUUUGCACGCGAAUGCACUAAUAUGAGCAGAGCCAAAAAGCGGAAUCAUGAAUCGUCAACCCCCAAGAAGAAAGUCCAGAAGAAAAGAAAAGAGCAAAAAGAGUUCAGGUCUGUACCUCGUGAUUUUGGUAGGGCAUGGAAGAAAGGGAAGGAAGGCGGAUAUACGUCAGGCUAUAAGGCGAAACGAAGGGGUGGUUGGAUCCCGGAUGAUCCUGAAGACUAUCCUCAACCCAAUAGUUGGAGUCCUUCAACUCCUAGAAAUAAGAGAGCCAAGAUUUCAACUUCAGUACUGGUGGUCACGCUUUCUGCUUCUCGUUCGUCUAGAAAGUCCAACAGGCUCGAUUUUGAUAAUUCCGCUUCUUAUGGGUCAGACAACUAUCAUCACCAUAGGUUUUCAGCAUCUGAUGAUUUUCAUAGUCCUUAUGGGUCAGGCAAAUAUCAUCAUCACCAUGGGUUUUCAGCAUCGCGAUUUGGAAACAAGGUCACGAUAGCUGGAGGAGAAAUAAUGAUUGGUAGCAGAAACUGUUUCUCAUGUGUAGUAUACUUGCUGGAAGCUUCUUGAGAGGUUUGAGAACCCGUUUUCGUUCAUAAUUCAUCUGAGAUUGGUUGCAGGAGCUCAUUUGUGAGAUUCUUCGGGGGGUUUGUCCAAGGGAGCAUGGAACUGACAAUGAUGCUAAAGCUCGAUCUCAUCGGACGUAGUUCCCUGUCAUUUGGCUGCUUGUAACUUGUGUGCCUUUUAUUAUUUUCUUUUCGCGGUACAUCUUAUUUAAUUGUUACUCUUCUUUUUGUCUAAGAGGUGUGUAACUUUAAAGUAAUAGUAAUAAGCUAAAUUGCCAACUGAAAUGCAAUA